AUGGCUGAUAAAAUGGUCAUGGAGGAAGCGAAGGCAUCUAACGGCGAGGCGCACCUCGAUGAGACGCCGGCCAACGGAAUGGACAGCCCGAAGAAGGGCAGCCAGUCCCAGCGGGUGAAGAGGAUAGUGAUGGCCAACUUGCUGGUGAUUCUCACCGUGGCCGGGGUCAUCAUCGGUGUUUUUAUUGGACUCGGUGUGCGCAACGCGACGUUGACCAGGACCCAGAUCAUCUACAUCGGCUUCCCCGGUGAGAUUCUCAUCCGGCUGCUGAAGAUGAUCAUCAUUCCCCUGGUGGUGUGCAGUCUAGUGUCCGGGGCGGCCAGCAUCGACCCUAAAGCCCUGGGCAAACUCGGCGGCUGGGCUAUGCUCUUCUUCCUGGUCACCACCUUAAUUGCGUCGUCCAUCGGGGUUGUGAUGGCUUUCAUCUUAACCCCGGGGUCGGCGUCUAUGGCCAAGCCCAAAGUGCAAGGUUUGGACGACGACGUGCCUGUCGCCAAAGAAGUGAUGGACUCCUUCUUAGAUUUGAUCAGAAACAUCUUUCCCUCUAACCUGGUGUCUGCUGCCUUUCAAUCUUAUACAACCACCUACAAGCUGGUUACCAAGAAUGGCACAGAUGGAAUCCUUAAUGUCACAGUGGAGAAGGUGCCAUUUGGAAUGGACCAGGAUGGCAUGAAUAUUCUUGGUCUGGUAGUGUUUGCCAUCGUUUUUGGUGUGGCUUUGAGGAAGCUGGGAGAGGAAGGAGAGAUCCUCAUCAAAUUCUUCAACUCCUUCAACGAGGCUACCAUGGUUCUGGUCUCCUGGAUCAUGUGGUAUGCCCCUCUUGGUAUCAUGUUCCUUGUAGCCGGCAAGAUUGUUGAGAUGGAGAAUGUUGGCGAACUAUUUGCCAGUCUGGGAAAAUAUAUAGCCUGCUGUAUCAUCGGACAUGCCAUCCAUGGCCUUCUUGUGCUGCCUGCCAUUUACUUCGUCAUUACAAGGAAGAACCCAUACACCUUCCUCUGGGGGAUAUUCGCAGCUCUGGCAACCGCCUUCGGAACAAGCUCCAGCUCUGCCACUCUGCCCCUGAUGAUGAAGUGUGUGGAGGAAAAUAACGGCGUAUCCAAGCACAUCAGCCGCUUCAUCCUGCCCAUCGGCGCGACGGUCAACAUGGACGGAGCUGCUCUCUUCCAGUGUGUGGCUGCCGUUUUCAUCGCUCAGCUGAACAACACGUCCCUUAACUUCAUCCAAGUCAUUACCAUCCUUGUGACAGCUACAGCAUCCAGUGUUGGAGCAGCUGGUAUACCUGCUGGUGGUGUGUUGACCCUAGCCAUCAUCCUGGAGGCAAUAGGACUGCCCACCAAUGACAUCUCUCUCAUCCUGGCUGUUGACUGGCUUGUUGACCGUACCUGCACAGUGCUGAAUGUAGAGGGCGAUGCCUUUGGAGCCGGGCUCUUGCAGUACUUCGUGGACCGCACGUCCAAACAAGAGGAGGGAGCAGAGCUGAGCGAGGUCAGGCUGGGGGGAGACUCAUCAGCUCCUGCACCCGAGCACUCGCCGCUUAUUAAGAAGCGAGGUGGGUGGGAUGGUGCAGAAGGUGCUAAGCCGGCUCUGUCUGGUGAAAAAGAGUCCACCAUGUAAUCCAGCUGCUGACAAACUCGUUUAGUUGACACUCCUGCAAACCUAAGGUUCAAACCCCCUUUUCUUUGUUUUCCUGCCCUGAAGAAAAGAGGAUGGUCAUGCACACUGUGAUUCAACGAAAAGCUCUCUUUCCUCAACGCUAUUCUAGACAAUUGGAGAAACAAAUCAAGGGGAUUUAAAAAAUGCUUAUUAUGAUUUUUGUUUCUUGUUGAGGGACAGUAUUGUACAUUAGGCUGGCUACUAAUGGUGCAUUUGGUCCUCGUCAAUUUUAAAGUCAGAAUUUUACAAUGUCACCAAGUUGUAUAAACCAGCUGUUUGCCAUAUUCUGUACAUCCACUGGGAUGUCAAGAGGCUGGACCAGUGACCCUCUGCCAGAUGUCGGUGAAGACAGAUCUAAUGUUAAUAAAUACAAGAAAUGUUACAUUCAUUUAUGAUGGAUAAAUGGAAGUUUUCAUGGAUGUAUUUGCCUAUUGGCCCCCUGUUACCAAUUUGUACACUACUGGUAUUUACUGCUUUGUCAGGAACUUUGUGGUGGAAAACAUGAAAAUGUCCGACCCUAAAUUUUGACGAGGACCACCACACGGCUUGCUGCACCUGGUCUGCAUUUAGCAGACAAAGUUUUUCAUGCUCUUCAUCUGGAAUUCAAUACUUUUUUUUUUUUUUUUUUCAACUUUGUCAGAAUUCAAUCUUCUUGUAUAGGAAAAUAAUCAUAUGAAAUCCAUCAUCAUAUGCUUUGGAUAUGAACAUACAUGGUUUGUAUUUUUGUUGUACAUAGUUAUGGCCACUUUCAUGUAUCUUGUAGUUGAUAUGUAAAGCAUAUGGCACUAGUUUAAC